AGUAGGAAGACGCACAUGUGUUGAGCAGUGAGAGCUGGCUCCAGAAAGAUCCUGGCAGCCCCGGUUGACAGGCAGAUUCCAACAAGAUGGAUGGACUGGGGACAAAUGGCUAGUCCGUGCCUGCAGGAUCUGGUCCAGUGGUGACCCGGGCAAGCUCACACUUGGAUGUCUGGUCCUUACCAAAAGCAGAUUCAGGCUGAUUAAGGAAGCAUCCUGUGAGACUCUAGUGGCUUGGGCUGAGGCACCCCUGAACCUGCACCUGCCCCCUCCUGAGCCUGUCUGGCUGUCCAGCCUCUGCUCUCCGACUUCUCUCUCACCCGCUGGUGUCCUACCUGUGUCGUUCACGGUCUGCACCGAGUCUCUGGCCGCAAGUGGAGCUCCAGAGCCAGCGGUCUCGUCCCUUCUUAUAUUCAGUUGGCAAAUAUUUUAAUGAGCACCUUCUAUGAGCCGGCGGCUGGAUGAUGCAGUUCGCCUGGGCCAGCUACCGGCGCUACGCCAUGGGCAAGAAUGAGCUCCGGCCACUCAGCAAGGACGGCUACCAGGGCCACAUAUUCGGCGGCCUCAACGGGGCGACCAUCAUCGACUCCCUCGACACCCUCUACCUCAUGGAGUUGAAGGAGGAGUUCCAGGAGGCCAAGGCCUGGGUGGAAAACUACUUCCACCUGAACGUGACGGGGGAGGCGUCCUUGUUCGAGGUGAACAUCCGCUACAUCGGGGGGCUGCUCUCGGCCUUCUACCUGACAGGGGAAGAGGUGUUCCGCAGCAAGGCCAUCCAGCUCGGGGAGAAGCUGCUGCCCGCCUUCAACACCCCCACGGGGAUCCCCAAGAGCGUCGUGAACUUCAAAAGGGGGAACUGGGGCUGGGCCUCCACGGGCGGCAGCAGCAUCCUGGCCGAGUGUGGGUCUCUGCAUCUCGAGUUCCUGCACCUCACCGAGCUCUCUGGCAACCAGAUCUUCGCAGAAAAGGUCAGGAGGAUCCGCAGGGUGCUCAGGGACAUGAAGAAGCCCUACGGCCUGUACCCCAACUUCCUCAGCCCCGUGACCGGGACCUGGGAGCAACACCACGUCUCCAUCGGAGGACUCGGGGACAGUUUUUAUGAAUAUCUGAUCAAAUCCUGGCUGAUGUCUGCCAAGACCGACACGGAGGCCAAAGCCAUGUACUACGAGGCGCUGGAGGCCAUAGAGAUGUACUUGCUGAAUGUCUCUCCCGGGGGGCUGACCUACAUCGCCGAGUGGCGAGGGGGGAUUCUGGACCACAAGAUGGGGCACCUGGCCUGCUUCUCGGGGGGCAUGAUCGCCCUCGGCGCUGAGGAUGCCAAGGAAGAAAAGAGGGCCCACUACCAAGAGCUCGCAGCCCAGAUCACCAGGACGUGCCACGAGUCAUACGCCCGCUCAGGUAACCCUGCAAGGGGAGGGGGCAGCAGCAGAGACGGGCGCAGAUACCUCUAUCUCCUGUUCUCCGAGGACGACACGCUCUCCCUGGAAGACUGGGUGUUCAACACCGAGGCCCACCCGCUGCCCGUGAACCACUCGGACAGCUCCGGCAGCACCCGGCGCCCAUACUGACCGUCCCCACCGCUCUGGGCGCUCAGCGAUGCCUGGCCUCUCGGGGACCCAGGGGACCCGGGACUGCUCCCCCAGGGACGGGGAACGCCGGCCCAGCCCCGGGCAGACCAUGGACAGACGACGAGUCAGACUGGCCACUACUUUUCCUCUGUGAGGACACAGGACCUGGAGUCUCAGCGCUGUCAUUAGGGCCGCGGUCACGCCGAUGUGACCGAGGCCAGACAUUCCUUUCUACGGAGAAUUUCUACGAAACCCACCCCCUCGCCAUCGGGGCCAAGGACGGGCGUCGGCACUCUGACCCCGAGUGUCCAUUCGCUUCCUUUCCUUUGGGGGUUUUCUUGCUUGGUUUUUUGUUUUGUUUUGUUUUGUUUUGUUUUUGCUUAAUUUGCUUUUUCUUGACACUCGAGCCUCUUACGAUGAUGAAUAUCAUUUUCAAAAAUCCCGUGCGUGCUCCGCGGAGCCCUCCCGAUCGGGGACGCGGUGGGCAGCCCCACUUGGUCCCGACCCUCCUCUCAUCCCACCGCCUGCUGCCAGCGCGCACCUGGUCGACCACGGGUCAUUCACCUGGGGGUUUUGCGGAGGGGCUCCCUUUGAUUUGGGCCUAAGUGUUACAGGUCACUAGUGCUACUUCCAUUAUUGUCAUGGAAACCUGUGAACUGGAAUAAAGGAGUUGAUUGAAUAAGGAAUAAGAUUGGGCUCAUUGCACACCAGUGACGCUGGGGGAAGUGCCACCACGUUCUCAUCAGAAAGGAGAACCAACCAGCGGUGGAUCCAAGGUCUGAUUUAGUGAGCGAUUUCCACUUGUAUUGCUUUCCCUUAAAUGGGUCUGAAUACAUUCAGGAAGCGCGAGCCGACCCUGUCGCUAAAGUUGGGGCUUUAGACUCAGGUUGAGGGUUGGAGGAAGCCCAGAGAGGAGCAGCAACUUGCCUGAGGUCACACAGCCACUAAAAGGGCAGAGGUAGUUUCCUGGCCACCCUGGGCCUCUGUUCAUGGACUGUCAUUCGGCAGAGGCUGGCCUAGAGGACAGGGACACGGCCAAGAGCAGGACAGUCAUAAGCCGGCAGUCAAGGAGGCGGAUCAUAAAGGCAACCUUGAGCUGGGUGAGGGGCCUGCAGGUGCAGGCACAGGAGACGGGGUGGGCUGAGCCAGCCGUGGCCAGGACCACUCUUAGGGGCCUAGGAAUCCCCCAGGACAGAUGACUUUCAAACCAAGACCUCAAGAUGAGGAGGUGCAGCCAUAAGAGCAUCCAGCACCCGGCAAGCCCAGACCCCCGUCCCGCCCUCACGGUGCCCACCACUGCCCCCAGGAGGCCCUGAGACCAUGGGCAGGACCAGGAGCUCGUCCCCACACUGAAGCGAGUCUCGUCCACAACGUGUCCCAUGGCUGGAGCCACAGGAUGAUGCGGAGCCCCUCCCCGUGGCUCUGUUCUUUUCCUUUGUUCUGGGGACUCAGCCCCCCAGAAUCCUCUUGAGCAGAGCGGUGGGGGCACAGUCCCCAUGGCAGGAACCCCGGGGGGCCUCGGGGAAAUCAGUCGCUGCAGUCUCUCUAGGCCCACUGCAGGUACUAAAAAGCAAAAUAAGGAAACCCACUGCACAAACCCUGUAGAAAGGUCAGGAUAUCAAGAUAAGCAGGAAGCAAAAAUCACUCGCCAUCCUACUCUCCAGAAUGAAUACUGUUAUAUUUUCCUCUAGAUCUUUUUCUACGAAUAUAUAGAAUAUAUAUUUUGCAAACAUGGUAUCAUCCUAUGCAUACUGUUUUCUUAUAAUCUGCUUUUGCACUUAAUGAUACAAUGUGAACCUCUUUCCGUGUCAACAAAUAUACAUUUAUGUCAUCACUGUG